UUCCACCCGUGGGAGUUUCCAAAGCCUGUUCGUCAUGUGUAAGAACUGCUGAUGUCAAGGAAGCGUGUACACAGUGCGACCAGUUCAUCUGCCAGAACUGCAGCAGGCUCUGCAGCUGCUGUAACACAGUUACCUGUUCUUUGUGCUCCACUCUUGAUUAUGGUGAUGUGGGAGAGCAAGUUCUCUGCAGUGGUUGUUCGAUAUUUCAAGUCUGA